AUGACAUAUCCGGUUAGCGCAGCCGCUCCUACUGAUAUUACAUAUUCACCAAAUACCCCAUUAGUAGGCUUAUCCAAGCCUCCAUGCUUCUACCAACAUGCUUCCUCCUCCGUCGAUUCGUUUUCGUCAUCAUUUAGUGAUGAUGACCGUUCAGACCUUGUCGCUGUACCCAACGAAUCACCACAUGCAUUUUCGUAUAACCCAAUAUCCCCGAAUUCACUGGGAGUUCGCUUGACCAUUUUAAGAAGAUCUUUGGAAAUAAUGGUUAAUAGUCCUGACAUUUUACACGAGCUAAAGAAAAAGGCGCCCGUAAUAGCAUAUCCCCCUUUAGUUAAACACACGAGAAACUUAACUGAAAUCGCUACACCACCGACAUCUGGAAAUGCAUCUAAAUGGUCCUGUAGUAUUCCAUCGGUGCCCAAUACCCCAUCUCCUGCUGGUAGGCCCGUGGUACAAAGAGCCACCUCAUUAAUGGUGCUACCAGAUAAUGGUGCUUCCAGUAAAUUGGAUCCAGCCAAGUCAGAGCUGCAAAACCUGUUGUUUUUGCUAAAUUUAGCACUAGAAAAUAACUCCUUCGAAAGAGCUUCCGAUUUACACAUGUUGUCGCUAUUAAAUAUAAAGAAAUUAAAUUUUGACUCAGACAUUCAAAAAUCAGAAACGUUGAAAAAGGCUUUACUGGAUAGUUUAGCUGAACCAUUUUUUGAGAAUUACAAAAAAUUCCCCCACAGAAACCCUGGUUUAAAAUUACAUUAUACCCAACAAGAGGAGAAAAACGAUGAUAUAGUUUCCUUAGCAGAUAUCAAGCCACAACAGGACUAUAGUCGAAUACUUCAUCCUUUCACGUCUGCGAAAAAUUCUGGCCCUGAGGCCAUUUUUACCUGUUCUCAGCAUUACCCUUGGAAUUUCAAAGCAGCCAACGAUUUGGCGUGUUUAACAUUCGGUAUAUCAAAAAAUGUUAUCAAAGCACUAACUUUACUGGACCUGAUCCAUACGGAUAGUAGGAAAUUUGUUUUAGAAAAAAUUAUGAAUGCCGAAGAUGAUGACCAAGAAAUUGUGUUUACAGGAGAAACGAUACCUAUUGUUCAGCCAAACUCAACAAACGAUAAUAAAGUACCAAGUUUGAUAUGGGCUUCACUAUGGGCAAAGCGGAAAAAUGGCUUAUUGGUCUGUGUAUUUGAAAAAACGCCUUGCGACUAUAUUGAUGUCAUGUUAAACCUGGCUGAUUUUUCAGUGGAAAGCAUUACUGACACGACGCAUUUUUUGGAAAACUUUAACAAGAAACAGCAGCAAGAGCUAACUUCACCAGCGGCUAAAAAAAAAACCGUAAAAUUUGCGAAUGAAAUACACGAUAUCGGAUCAAUAAGUCGCUCACUAAGUAAACUAAUUGAUGAUGUGCGCUUCGGGAGAGUGUUUUCUGCAGAUGAUGAUUUAUUACCUCUACCUAUUAGGGUGGCAAAUUAUGUCAAUAAAGAGAGAUAUUUUACAUUGAAUUAUUUAUCCGAGAAUAUACCAUGCGCUGUCACAACUUCUGUGUUGGAAAACGAAAUUAAAUUGAAGAUUCAUAGUUUACCUUAUCAAGCUGGGUUAUUUGUUGUUGAUAGCCACACUUUAAAUCUUUUAAGUUUCAAUAAAUCUGUUGCUAAGAACAUGUUUGGUCUUCGGGUUUAUGAGUUGGCCGGUAGUCCAAUCACUAAGUUGGUACCUUCUUUAGCAAAUAUGAUAUCUUACGUUAAUAAAAAUUAUCCCACGCUAAAUAUCACGUUACCAGAUAAUAAAGGACUGGUUUUAACAGAACAUUUUUUCAGGAAAAUCGAGGCUGAAAUAAAUCAUGAUAGUGACUCAUUCUAUACCUCUAUUGGUCUAGAUGGCUGUCACAAAGACGGAAAUCUAAUAAAGGUAGAUAUUCAAUUACGUGUCCUGAAUACAAAUGUUGUUCUGUUAUGGAUUACACACUCAAGAGACGUAGUUAUCGAAAAUUAUACCACUGUCCCUUCGCAACUACCGAUGUUGAAGGAAAACGAAAUUGACGUAGUUGGAAGUCGGAGUAGUUCCAAUGCGUCUUCCAAGAAGUCUUCAGAAAAAAUUUCUGUGAAUGUUUUGAAAACUAUGGCUGAUUUGUCCAUUAGCUCUGCUGAAACAAUUUCUAACUCUGACGAUGAAGUAGACUUGAAUCAAGUGGAUAGAAAACUACGAGAAGCAUCUGGUGGUACAUUUGAGCGUAACGAAUCUAACGAACACAACAAUUAUGAUGAUGAUAUCACAAUGGUCGAUGAUCCUGAGUUGAAACAUAAAAUUGAAUUAACGAAAAUGUACACGCAAGACAAAUCAAAAUUUGUCCAGGAUGACAACUUUAAAGUGGAUGAAAAAUUAAUAAUGAGCAUAGUAGAACCGAUAAAUGGGGAAGAAAUUAAAAAGGAGACAACCGAAUUAGAUAAAAAUAACUCUAACUUGAAAGCUACGUACCUGACCACCCCAGAGGCUAAUAUAGGCUCACAAAAGCGCAUCAAGAAGUUUUCCGAUUUUACUGUUUUGCAAGUUAUGGGUGAAGGUGCCUACGGUAAAGUCAAUUUAUGCAUUCAUAACAAAGAGCACUACAUCGUGGUCAUCAAAAUGAUUUUCAAAGAGAGAAUUUUAGUGGAUACAUGGGUGAGGGAUAGAAAAUUAGGUACCAUACCUUCUGAGAUUCAAAUCAUGGCUACUUUGAACAAAAAUUCGCAAGAGAAUAUCUUGAAACUGUUAGACUUUUUUGAAGAUGACGAUUAUUAUUAUAUUGAAACUCCGGUUCAUGGAGAGACUGGUAGUAUUGAUCUUUUUGAUGUUAUUGAGUUUAAGAAAGAUAUGGUGGAACAUGAAGCUAAACUGGUGUUCAAACAGGUUGUUGCUAGUAUUAAGCACUUGCAUGGUCAAGGAAUUGUUCACAGAGAUAUUAAGGACGAAAACGUCAUCGUCGACUCUCAUGGUUUCGUAAAAUUAAUUGAUUUUGGUUCAGCCGCCUAUAUCAAAAGUGGACCAUUUGAUGUUUUUGUGGGAACAAUGGACUACGCUGCACCUGAAGUUCUUGGUGGUUCAUCAUACAAAGGUAAACCACAAGAUAUUUGGGCUCUUGGAGUUCUACUUUAUACCAUCAUAUACAAAGAAAAUCCAUAUUACAACAUUGAUGAAAUCUUGGAAGGAGAAUUAAGAUUUGAUAAGUCCGAGAAGGUCAGUGAGGAAUGCAUUGGUUUAAUUAAAAGAAUUUUGACAAGAGAAGUCGACAAGAGACCUACUAUUGACGAAAUAUAUGAAGAUGAAUGGCUUAGAAUCUAG